UUAAUCAACAUCCACGUCUUCGGCGCCCGGGGGAACAGUGGGUUAACUGCCUUGCUCUGGCUGCUUGGCUCAUUUAACACUGCGUUACUUUUGUCCCCAACCCAGCAGCCAUGGCAAUGUGCCAAGCAAGAGACUACAAGAGUGACAUGUCAGGAACCAUGUUUCUGUCACAUUUUGAAAGAUAACCAAUUCAAUACUUUAAAAUGGGGUGAAUUAAAAUAUUAAUUUGACAAAUGUAAAAAUAAAACAAAUCCUAGGCUACACACAAUGUGAACUACUGCUCAUUUGAAUAACUUUUAGUUGAAUUCCUUAAAGUUUUUAUUUUUUUACUAGUUACUAGUUUUACUAGUCAGUUAAGAACAAAUUCUUAUUUUCAAUGACGGCCUAGGAACAGUGGGUUCAGCCUGUUCAGGGGCAGAACAACAGAUUAUGUACCUUGUCAGCUCGGGGAUUUGAACUUGAAUUUAACCUUUGCGGUUACUAGUCCAAUGCUCUAACCACUAGGCUACCCUGCCGCUCCGAAGUUAGGGUAGCCUAUGGGAUGCAGGGUGAAUAUAUCAUAAUUUGUUAAGGUGAUCAUUUGUGUUAAAUACUAACUAAAUGGAAAAUCUUGGUGGGACUUUGGAACAGUUUGUAUUUCAGCUGUUUCCUCAUGAAAAUAAACUCCUUUUCCCCACCUAGUGGUGUGGUUGGGUAAUACACCCUAUUUCAUUAUGUGAUUCAGGUUCCGUUUUCUCAAUAUUUGAGAAACUAUUUUGAUUAUAUAGUUGAGGAUGAUGAAUAGAAUGAUACAAUGAAGAGGAUGACGAUGAUAAUUUUAUCCAUAGGAUAAUAACACAUAGAAUUAAUGCAAAGUAAUGCACAGAAUUUGGCCUUCAGUGACCCAUUAAAAAAACAUUUAGGGGUUUCCUACCUUGUGAAUGUUUUAGUGUAUAUACCUCACCCCAUCCCCUCUGAGAAUGUUGACUGACUCCAGCACUUCCUGGUUCUGUUAGCAGCUGUGCUGUUCUCUGCAGUGAUAGGUCCAUCUGACAUGGAUGUGUGUCAGAUGGCCAGUGACAAUACCACUUCUACUAGUGCUGCAACUGCGGCUGCCUCCCUCUGCACUGCUCUCAAUUAUAUAUAUGAGAGAGAGAGAGAGAGAGACCAAAUAAAGGCAUAGGUGCGUGUGCUGCUGGGAGAGGAGAGCCUGUUAGCAUGCUAUAAAUAUUUAAUGCAUCUGGAGGUUCAGGGUUGGCUACUGUCUGGGUCUCAGCAGACCACAUCACAGGCUCUAUGUUGAUCUAGUGAUUCAUAUAAUUAUUGAUUUAUUGGACUGGGACAGGGAUUGGACCAUCCCGGAGGUGACAGGCCAUCAUGCCUCGGAUAGACGUGGAUGUGAAGCUGGACUUUAAAGAUGUCCUGUUCAGACCCAAGAGAAGCAGCCUGAAGAGCAGGUCAGAGGUGGACCUACGGAGGAUGUUCACGUUCCGUAAUUCCAAACAGAGUUACCAUGGCAUCCCCAUCAUCGCUGCCAACAUGGACACCACGGGCACCUUUGAGAUGGCACAGGUCCUCAGCAAGCAAACUCUCUUCGCCGCCAUGCAGAAGCACUACACUGUGGAGGAGUGGAAGGCUUUUGCAGCCAAGUUUCCAGAAUGUUUGGAGCACGUAGCGGUCAGUUCAGGCAGCGGUCAAGCCGACCUGGAGAAGCUGUGCAGCGUCCUGGAGGCCGUCUCUGACAUCAGAUUCGUCUGUCUGGACGUGGCCAACGGCUACUCUGAACACUUUGUGGAGUUUGUCAAAACCGUCAGGGGGAGGUUUCCCCAACACACUAUCAUGGCUGGCAACGUGGUGACAGGAGAGAUGGUGGAGGAGCUGAUCCUGGCAGGAGCUGACAUCAUUAAAGUGGGUAUUGGGCCAGGUUCUGUGUGUACGACGCGCAUUAAGACGGGAGUGGGAUACCCCCAGCUCAGUGCUGUCAUAGAGUGUGCAGACUCCGCCCACGGCCUGAAGGCUCACAUCAUCUCAGAUGGCGGAUGCAGCUGUCCUGGUGAUGUGGCUAAGGCAUUUGGCGCUGGAGCUGAUUUUGUGAUGCUGGGGGGCAUGCUGGCUGGCCACGACCAGUGUGCCGGGGAGGUCAUUGAGAAGAAUGGCAGAAAGGUUCAGCUGUUCUAUGGGAUGAGCUCUGACACGGCCAUGAAGAAACACGUAGGGGGAGUGGCAGAGUACAGAGCAUCAGAGGGCAGGACGGUGGAGGUACCGUACAGGGGGGAUGUAGAGGCCACCAUCAGGGACAUUCUGGGUGGUCUGCGCUCCACCUGCACCUACGUAGGAGCUGCCAAACUGAAGGAGCUCAGUCGCAGGACCACCUUUAUCAGAGUCACACAGCAGACCAGCCACAUGUUCACAUAGUAGUAAAUAGAUGGACGGACGGACAACAUGAACUUUCUUGUUUCAAUUGUGCUGAUUUAACUUAAAAUGUAAAAGUGUGAAUCUACAGCAAUAUUUAUGUGAAUGCAUGCGUUUUUUGUUGUUGCCUGUAUACAAUAAACAGAAAGAGGAGAAACAGAAUGAAAUACCAACCUGGACUCAGGGGUAGACGUAACAUAGUAAACUUAUAUCCGUGACACUCCAAAUAGUAUGAUAUGUAACGUUUGGCAUGCUAUUCAUUUGUGGAUGUCCAUCUUCCAUUUCGUACAAUAUGUUACGAAUUUGCAAAACGUAUGAUAUGUUAUGAAUUCUAAUUUGUAACCAUACCAAAUGUAACAUAUUAUAAUAAAUUGAGUGUUUCGAAAUCUGGAUUUACUUUUACUAUGUUACGUGUAGUCUAUGAGACCAUGCUGGAAAAACAGAGUGCUAGAGUAUGUUACGUGUAGUCUAUGAGACCAGGCUGGAAAAACAGAGUGCCAGAGUAUGUUACGUGUAGUCUAUGAGACCAGGCUGGAAAAACAGAGUGCUAGAGUAUGUUACGUGUAGUCUAUGAGACCAGGCUGGAAAAACAGAGUGCCAGAGUAUGUUACGUGUAGUCUAUGAGACCAGGCUGGAAACAGAGUGCUAGAGUAUGUUACGUGUAGUCUAUGAAACCAGGCUGGAAAAACAGAGUGCUAGCGUAUGUUACGUGUAGUCUAUGAGACCAGGCUGGAAAAACAGAGUGCCAGAGUAUGUUACGUGUAGUCUAUGAGACCAGGCUGGAAAAACAGAGUGCCAGAGUAUGUUACGUGUAGUCUAUGAGACCAGGCUGGAAAAACAGAGUGCCAGAGUAUGUUACGUGUAGUCUAUGAGACCAGGCUGGAAAAACAGAGUGCCAGAGUAUGUUACGUGUAGUCUAUGAGACCAGGCUGGAAAAAGAGUGCUAGAGUAUGUUACGUGUAGUCUAUGAGACCAGGCUGGAAAAAGAGUGCUAGAGUAAGCAGCUGCUCUGUUGCUCCUCUUGAAAGACGAAUGACAGAAUUUCAGUUGAUUUAUUAUUCUGAGUAUACAGAGACAAUACAUUUGUUCAUGUUCUUUUGUGUUUCUUUAAACAAAUUUGUUGAAAUCUAAAUGAAACGUUUAAAAAAUGACCACCGAAAUAUUUUGUCCGUAAACCUGCAAAACCUCUCUAAGAAAGAGACCAUAGAUCAUACAGAACAGAUUGGAGUAUAUCCUACAAAUUAAACCGUAAUACCACAGUUAGAAAAUCAA